AUGUGCUUCGAGUUCAGCUCCUGUUUCGGCGGCGUCAUAAAGGACGACUACGGCGGCGAGCGGUCCAACCAAGGCGGCUGCAGCGGCCGUGGCCGCGGCCACAGGGGGUACCGCGAGAACGGGAACGGCUACAACGCCGCUGCCGCCGACCACAAGCCGGCUACGGCCUACGACCAUCAGCGGGCUCUUGAUGAGCAUGGGCGCAAGGCCCACGCCCACCACGACGGCGGGGUGAAACCUGACCACGCCUCCGUCGUCGCUGCCACCGGUGGCCACGGCUAUUACGCCGCCUAUAUGCAAGACAAGGCCCACGAGGCGCCGAAGCUUCCUGCGUGGCACAACAAUGUCGUCGACGACGCCGGCUACGCCUACAACUACAACACAGCGCGCCUCCGCCACCAGGCUGCUCCUGAUCAUAGGGAGCACGCCGCCAUGGAUUACCACCACUACCCAACCACUACUACCACUCUCGUAAGGUACUAG